AUGCCAAAUUGUCAAACGUGUCUCGAAGCAAUAUUUACCAGCGAUAGUUCGCUGAUAUGCUCAGUAUGCAAAUUACAGUGGCACAGUGCGUGUGCCCGGCCGCAGCCAGUUUUACCGAAAUCAAAUACGCUAGGGGCCUGGAAAUGCGAGAAAUGCAUUGCCAAUCCCUCGGAUAUCACAACUACACACUUUGAAGCUAUUAUGGCACAGUUUAUGCAACUCAAUAAUACGAUAUCUAUGUGCAACACGAAAAUACAUGAUCUGACUCAACUUGUCACUUCUCAAUCAGCAACAAUAAAUGCAUGUGUCUCUGAUAUUGAGGGUUUGCGAAAAGACAGUCAAGAACUUCAAGAUAAAAUUUCUACGCUAGAAGCGAAAGUCUCAGUGCCGAAUUUUUCCGCCGAAGAUAUGUAUAUGGAAAUAGCAGAAAGAUCCAAACGUGAAGCAAAUGUUAUCAUUUGCGGCCUUAAUGAAUCUCGAACGGAUCAAGUAGAGGCACAAGCUAUCAUCGACAAAAUAGCCCCGGGAAAUAAUAUAACCAUAAGUUCUAUUUUGCGAUUAGGAAAACCGCGCUCAGAUCAAAAAUCAAGGCCGCUCAGAGUCACUUUAAGCUCACCAGCAAAUGCGUUAUUGAUCCUCAAGAAUAAAUCGAAAUUACCCUCAACCCCACCAAACAAUGUGUACAUUAAGGCUGAUAAUACUCCGAUGCAAUCCAAAUACUUCAAGGAAGUUAAAGCUGAACUUGACCGUCGAAUUCAAGCGGGAGAAAAUGACAUAACAAUAAAAUAUAUGAACAAGAUAAUAUUAGACGAUAUAACUCGCCUGCGGAGGGAAAUCAGGCGAAAACUUCCCGAAAACCUUAUGACGGAAGAAAAAACGUGGGGAAACGACUUGGAAAGUGUGCUGCUGACUUCCAGUCAAGGAUCUCUGAACAUUGAUGAGUUAUGGUUUUCAGAAAUUGCAGAGUUUAUGGAUAAUCAGGAAAUGGUGGAUGCAAGUAGUCGAUCACUAGCGUAA